AUUUGUGUUUAUGUGUGUCAGCUGGCCAGACGGGAAAUGCGCCUGCCUCGGCUGCUGCUACUGCACACUGUAAGAGGAGAGCAGAGAAGAGAGAGAGCAGGGACGAAGCAGGGAGUGAGGAAACUAGUGGUAGAGAAUGGCCUUUGCCAAAUAAAGCAAUGGGGGCCUGGGGUGGGAUGGCUCUUAUCACGCUAUAAAUACGCUGGGCUUCUGCCGAUUCGGGUUUGGUGCCUGGAGCUGUGUAGCAGCAAGAGCACCGGCCCAGCUCAGGAGAAUCUCAUCCACACUCAGGCCUUCAGCCAUGCCCCGAGUGGACUCCGACCUCAAACUGGACUUUAAAGACGUCCUGUUGAGACCAAAGAGGAGCAGCCUAAAGAGCAGGUCUGAGGUGGACCUGCAGAGGACUUUCACAUUCCGCAACUCAAAGCAGACGUACAAUGGCAUCCCGAUCAUCGUUGCUAACAUGGACACCACAGGUACUUUUGAAAUGGCCCAGGUAAUGAGCAAGCAUACUCUUUUUACUACCAUCCACAAGCAUUACACACUGGAGGACUGGAAGACGUUUGCAUCCAAUCAUCCAGAGUGCCUAGAGCAUGUCGCUGCAAGUUCAGGCAGUGGGCAGGCAGAUCUGGAGAAACUGUGCAGCAUCCUGGAAGCCAUUCCACUCAUUAAAUACAUCUGCCUGGAUGUGGCCAAUGGAUAUUCCGAGCACUUUGUGGAAUUCGUCAAAACAGUCCGGGGAAAGUUCCCUAACCACACCAUUAUGGCUGGUAAUGUGGUGACAGGAGAGAUGGUAGAGGAGCUCAUUCUGUCUGGAGCUGACAUCAUCAAAGUGGGCAUCGGACCAGGUUCUGUGUGCACCACCCGCAUCAAGACCGGGGUGGGCUACCCUCAGCUGAGCGCUGUUAUUGAGUGUGCGGACUCUGCUCACGGGCUCAAAGGACACAUCAUUUCUGAUGGAGGCUGCAGUUGCCCAGGGGAUGUUGCCAAGGCUUUUGGCGCAGGGGCAGAUUUCGUCAUGCUAGGAGGAAUGUUAGCGGGCCACGAUCAGUGUGCCGGUGAAGUCAUUGAAAAGGAUGGAAAGAAGUUUAAGCUGUUCUAUGGCAUGAGCUCCGACACAGCCAUGAAGAAACAUGUUGGUGGUGUGGCAGAAUACAGGGCCUCUGAGGGCCGGACUGUGCAGGUGGCAUAUAAAGGCGACGUAGAGGACACCAUCAGAGACAUCCUGGGUGGCCUGCGCUCCACUUGCACAUAUGUAGGAGCCGCCAAACUCAAAGAGCUCAGCCGCAGGACCACGUUUAUCAGAGUUACACAGCAAUCGAGUCAAAUGUUCACCUAAAGCCAUUAAAUUCAAUCAACCAAACAAAGCGAACGUAGCACUCAGAGCAGUAGGGUAAACGCAUUUGGUGACAUAUUUCUACAUGCAACAGUACCUCAUUGGGUCAGAUUCAUGCAUGUACCCUGGGUACACAUGGUUGCUGACUUCAUAUACGUGUUUAUUCAUACAGGGAGAUCAUUUUAUUUUGCUCAGGAGCCAUGCUCUAGCGCUUGAGAAAAACAGCUCAUGUGACAGCAGGAGCAUGAGUCAGCCCAUUGUUAAUAUAAACCUUUAAGCUCUAUAUAUAUAUAUAUAUAUAUAUAGAGGGGUGCAGUUAUGAGUUCCAAAUAUGAAGGUUGAAAUAGAGCAUCAACAAAAUGAGCCUUUGGGGGAAAAAAAUUGAAUUUGUGAAUUUAUUUAUUCAAACUAUGCAACUGUUACCACUGAAAGGAUAUGAGACAACAUGAGGCACAAUAAAUAAGAGGACAGCCAGUUCUCUUCUCAUACAGUAAGAAUACUAUGUUGCCUGUGCGAAACCUUUUUUUAAUGCUAAUAUUGGUGUAUGGUGUAACUUGAUUGGAACAGAGACUGGUGCAUAGCAUACUGUACCAUUUUUCUUAGCCUGCUUCUUGGAUGUACACUGUUUUUUUGACAGGAUGUAGCUGCAGACCAGAGGAAUGUGAACGGCUACAGUACCUAAUGUCCUGCUAGUGUCACACUGUAACUUAUGGAGAAAUAAAGGGAUCUGAAUGAA